AUGAAUUAUAAGAAAACUUUAAAAUUUCUCCUCAUCGGCAAUGGAGGUGUGGGCAAAUCUGCUCUCCUCAGUACCUAUCUGCACAGGUUGAAUUUAUUCCAGUAUGAACAUCGCAUCGAUCGUCAAAUCUAUCAAGUCGAUAUUGUGGAAAUUAUCACCUUCGAUGAUCUGCAUCGUUACAACCUCUACGAAAAUGAAUGGGAUGCUGUGGUGAAUAUUCUCUGUUUCAAUGUUACGAACCGAAGCACACUUCAUAGCCUUCGCCAUGAAUGGAUACCCGAGCUAAUGAAAUUGAAAAGGAAUCCAAAAAUGUUCCUAAUGGGCCUCCAAUGUGAUCGUCGUGAACAAUUUCUCACCAAGUUUACCCAAGGCAGUGUAAGUCGUGAAGAAGGUAUGCAGCUGACAAUGUAUUAUGAAAAUCUGCACUAUGUUGAAUGUUCCGCACUGAAAUUGGCAAGUGUCAAGCAGGCGUUCGAUGAAAUUUUGGAACAAUUUUUCUAUGCCGAUAUACAAAAGCAAAUGGAGGAAAGAAUUUUGAAAUUAUAUUCAACAAUGCAAAUCAAAUUUAAAUUUUAUGGACCAAUACAUUGGAUAACUGAUGUGUUUGGGGAUGUGGUAGAUUAUACACAUCCCGCCGAGGAAUGUUUUCUUUAG